ACCAGCAGUGGAUGACAGUUCCAGGGGCUCAAUGUUCUCCCCAGCACUUGGACAACAGGUGCCCAUCUUGCAAAGAAGGCCACUGAGGCUCAGAGAGGGGCAUACACUGCCUCCUCUGGUCAGUGAGAGAUUUGGGUUCCUGCUCUGGCACCUCCUCUCCUCCUGCAUCCUGCCCACAUUGUGCCCUCCCAACCUGGCCGUGGGGUGGGGUGGGACAGACAGGGUCACGUGGAGUAGCGUUCAGCAGGAGGAAGCCAGGCAGUGUGCAGACGGCUGUUGCCGCUCGGGCUGAUCAGGAAAUCAAGGAGAAUCCCCACCAUGGACCCACUAGCAAGAAGCCAGUCCUCCAAAACCCAGCAUGCAGCCCAAACUCCGCUAACCUCCUAUCGCUGGCACACAGGAGGUGGUGGAGAGAAGGGAGCUGGAGGGUUCCACUGGGGCCGCUUUGCCAGCUGGGGGAGGGCACUGAGCCACCAGGAGCCCAUGGUCAGCAGCCAACCUGCCCGUCGCUCGCUGUUCCGUCGUGUCAGCUCUGCGCCCCCCAAGGAGUCUCGCAGGAACCACCUCAGAUUAUCCAAGACCCUCUGGGGGAGGCAUAAGAGCCCAUCACUGGAGGCAGAGCCGGAGCCAGAAGCCUCAGAGCCUGAUCCAGAGCCGGAGCCCCCAGCCCCACAGAUCCCUGAGGCACCCCCACCCGAUGUGCCUGUCUGGAACAUCGAAGCCUUCACUCUGCUCGAUGGGAGGCUGGUGCUGCUUGGGGGUGAGGAAGAGGGUCCUCGCCAGUCCAGGGUGGGGAGUGCCAGCUCUGAGAGCAGCAUCCAGGUGGCCAUGGGGAACCUCAGGGAGGCAGACCGAGUCGCUGGAAAGACUGAGCCGGAGGCUGCUGGCUCCAACCAGGUCCACAACGUGUGGGGGUUGCUCAAACGGCUGAAAGAAAAGAAGAAGGCCAGGGCAGAGCUGGGAGCCAGUGCCUCUCGGGAUGGGUAAGAGUCUGCUCUGGGCUCUCGGGAAUCGCUGGCCACACUCUCUGAACUGGACCUGGGUGCCCAGCGGAAUGUGCGGGUUUGGCCACUGCACCCCAGCCUCCUGGAUGAGCCCCACUGCUUCCAGGUAACCUGGGUAGGCGGGAGCCGCUGCUUCUCUUGUCGCUCGGCUGCUGAGAGAGACCGCUGGAUCGAGGACCUUCGUCGCCACUUCCAGCCCAGCCAGGACAACGUGGAGCGCGAAGAGACGUGGCUGAGCGUGUGGGUGCACGAAGUGAAGGGACUGCCCCGGACGGCGCCGGGAGUGCGCGGCCCUGGCCGGGCGCAGGCAUUGGUGACAGACCUGGGAACUGCGGAGUUGGCACGCAGUGGAGGCCGCGAGGCGCUGCUGUUCCGGGAAAAUACAUUGGCCACUAAGGCCAUCGAUGAGUACAUGAAGCUGGUGGCACAGGACUACCUCCAAGAGACGCUGGGGCAGGUCCUGCGGCGAAUCUGUGCCUCCACUGAGGACUGUGAGGUGGACCCCAGCAAGUGCCCAGCCUCAGAGCUGCCCCAGCACCAAGCCAGACUGCAAAGCAGCUGUGAGGAGGUCUUCGAGAACAUCAUCCACUCCUAUGACUGGUUCCCAGCAGAGCUUGGCACCGUGUUCUCAGGCUGGCGAGAAGCAUGCAAGGCACGAGGCUCCGAGGCACUGGGCCCCCGGCUGGUGUGUGCCUCUCUCUUCCUGCGGCUCCUGUGUCCCGCCAUCUUGGCACCCAGCCUCUUUGGCCUGGCACCACAGCACCCGGCACCUGCCCCGGCCCGCACCCUCACAUUGAUUGCCAAGGUCAUCCAGAACCUUGCCAACCGAGCCCCGUUUGGUGAGAAGGAAGCCUACAUGGGCUUUAUGAGUAGCUUCCUGGAGAAUCAUGGACCUGCCAUGCAACGCUUCCUGGACCAAGUGGCCAUGGUGGAUGUGGAUGCAGCACCCAGUGGUUACCAGGGCAGCAGUGACCUGGCCCUCCAGCUGGCGGUCCUGCAUGCCCAGCUCUGUACCAUCUUUGCUGAACUUGACCAGGCAACCCGUGACAGCCUGGAGCCCCUGCCCACCAUCCUGCAAGCCAUUGAGGAAGGCCGCCCUGUACCUGUGUCUGUGCCAAUGCGUCUCCCACCACCCCCAGCCCAGGUCUAUUCCAGCUUUUCCGCAGGGGAGAAGCCCGGCUUCCUGCCCCCUCGGGACCUCCCCAAGCACACCCCUCUCAUCUCCAAGAGCCAGUCCCUGCGCAGCGUUCAUGGCUCAGGAACUUGGGCCCGGCAGCGGCCAGAUGAGGAGCGGCGGCCCCCACGGCUGCCCCGGCCGCCGUCAGUACCCUGGCAGCGCCAGCUGGACCAGCCGCGAGACACAGACCAGGCGCUGAGCACGCACCGACCCGUGGGCAAGCUGGCAGAGCUGCAGUGCGAGGUGGCCACCCUGCGCGAGGAACAGAAGAUGCUGUCCGGCCUCGUGGAGUCGCUGGGCACCCACAUCCGGGCCCUGACGGAGCAGCAGCAGCAGCUUCGCGGCCAGUUGCAAGACCUGGACUCCAGGCUCGGGGGAAGGACCUCGCAUUUGGAUCCAGAGCGCGACCCUCCAAGCAGUGAGGCCCACAAGCUGAAAACUCUGGAACGCCGCCUGGCUGAAAUGGAGAGUUCUCUAGCCCAGCUGAGGGAUGCUGUCCAGAGCCUGCAGCAUCUUCCUAGGACGUCGGGGUCCAGGAGCCAGCCCCUGCCUCUCAAAGAACUCUGCGUUAACGGAGACACCACCUGAGCUGCCCACUCCACCCCACGUGGUCUGGGAGCAAAAAGAUACUGUUUUAGGGGCCCUGCCUCAGCCCUACAUGGCCUACAGUGUGGAGUGGAGCUGUAGAUGGUAACCAGACUGGCACUGUGAGGUUGCCCAGUAAAAUCUUGAUUUCUGUAAAAUUGAUGGUUUCUUUGUCCCUAAGUAUUGCCAAUCAGAAAGCACCCUCCCCAAUUCAGCUCUCCCCGAUCCUCCCCUAAUUGGAGGGCUCACAAAGGGGGAGAUGUAAAGAGCUUCUCACCAGUGUGUGACUUCAGACCUUCACUCUCUCAGAGCCUCCUUGUCCUCAUCUGUAAAUUGGAUCUAAAGGUCCUUACACAGUUUAAAAAAAAAAAAAAAGACCUGUAGUUUAAAGUAUUCAAAAAAAGGUAUUCAUCAUUUAUUAGGCCCAACACCUACUUCUCAAUGAAGCCCAGAUCCCACCUCCACCAACACCCAAGCCCCGGAUGACAGCAUCUUCUAGGGCCCCUAAUCCCAUACUAGCUCCCUCAUGGCAGAGAGAGCAUGGGUCUGGGAAGCAGAUGAAGGAAGGGGUGGGUAGAUGUGGAGAUAGUUGAGGUCUGUGGGUGUUGGUUGGAUAACUGAGUGAACAUUUGAAAUAUGGGUGAGGGGUAGGAUGGAUGAGAGGCAAAUGAAUAGGUUAGCAUUUGCUAGAUGUUUGUGCACUAGUAGGUGAGUAGUUAAGUAGUUGGUUGGCUGGGAUGGGCAUGUCUGCCUAGAAAAGGCCAGUAUCGUACUAGGAAAUAAAUAUUUGAAUUUGA